AUGAGUGUGGUGCUGCUUCGGGCAGCGGGGCCUUGCGAAGGGGAAGCUCUGAAGAUCGGUGUGCCGGAGAACUACGACGGCAUUUUCCCCUGGUAUCUGACCAAGCUCCCGAAUCUCCCAGCUGGGCACAGCAACCUCACCGUGACGGGAGAUGAGGAGGGAAUAUUUGGAGUUGACUCAGGAUUCCUGUAUGCCUUGAAACCCCUAGACAGAGAGAAGCAGCCAACGUAUUCCCUGCAGGUGUCUUUCACCGUCGCCGAGGAGACGCAGAGCUUCACCGUGGAGGUGUGCGUCAGCGACAAGAACGACAACGUCCCAGAAUUCAUUGAGGAGAGCAUGAGGGGAACGGUGCAGCUGGGACUGCUGAAAGGGGUCCCGUUUAUGAAGGUGGAAGCCUCUGACAGGGAUGACCCCAGCACAGUGCACGCUGACCUCCGCUAUGGCCUGAUGGAUCAGACUCCCAGAAUUCCCUCCAGCCACAUGUUCCUCAUCGAUGCUCGUACUGGCGAGGUGGCUCUCACUGAGGAAGGGGCUUCCACUUUGGACCCUGAGAUGUGUGGUCGCUACAGGCUCUCAGUCAUGGUCAAAGAUAUGGGAGGAAAACCUACUGCGUUCUAUUCAACCGGCAUCGUGACCGUAGAGGUGACCGGAAACACAUGGGCCUCACCGGACCCUGUGCGUCUGCAGGAGAACCUGCCUGGCCCCUACCCAAUACCCAUCUCCCAGGUUAAGUGGAGUGGGAGCCCUGUUGAAUACAGCCUGGAAGGAGAAUUUCCUGAGAUGCUCUUCACCAUCAGCAGAGAGGGGGUCGUCUAUCUCAACGCACCCCUGGACAGGGAGACCCAAGACCAGUUCCUGAUCAGCAUCGUCGCAGAACGCCCCGACGGCAGGGAGAUCGCCAAGCCCGUCGAGCUGAGAGUGAUGGUGGGCGACGCCAACGACAACAGGCCCACCUUCCCCCAGACACAGUACCACGCGGUCGUCAAGGAGCUUGCCGGCAGGGGGACUGAAAUCCUCACGGUCCAGGCUGCAGAUAACGACGACCCGAAAACGGACAACGUGCGGAUCUUCUAUCGGCUGGCCAACCUGAGCCCCGAGAGCCCCCGGGCCCUGUUCCGCGUGGACCGCGAUUCGGGGGUCAUCUCGGUCCAGGCCGACAGCCUGGUGGGCGCCUCCCGGCAGUACACGCUGACGAUCACGGCCGAGGAUGCAAAAGGUUUAAACAGCUCCUGUACUGUUGUUAUAGAUGUGCAGGAUCAGAACAACAACCCGCCAGUGUUCUCCCAAAGCGAGUAUGGUCCUGUCCACCUGCCUGAAGAUGCCCGUGUAGGCUCCACGGUAGCGACAGUCUCCGCCUGGGACGGGGAUGAGAGGGGGCGAGACAGCUGGCUGGUGGAUUACAGGCUGGAGUCUGGAAAUGAGGAGGAAAUCUUCACACUGGAGGCUGACAGGCAAACCAAUGAAGUCUCCAUAAUCCUGCAGAAGGUGCUGGACUAUGAGCGUGUACGCGAGUACGCCCUCGUCCUCAGUGCUCGGAAUCCCGAGGCCCUGGUCCACGGGGAGUACGGCCCGGCGUCCACAGCAACGGUGUCCAUCGUCAUUGACGACGUCAACGAGGGGCCCAGUUUGCCUGAGAGCCACUAUGAGGUGACUGUGAGAGAAGGGGAGGAGCCAGGACGGGUCAUAGCCACGAUCCGUGCCUCUGACCCUGACUCCCACCCCAUCAGGUACUCUCUCAGAGGAGAUACCAAGAAACAUUUCUCCAUUGACAAGGACUCUGGAGAGCUGAGGACGGUGCAGGCUCUGGACAGAGAGGAAAACAGCACGUACACCAUGGAGGUCAUCGCUGUGGAUGGAAAGAACUCCUCCUUGUCUGUCUCGGCCCUGGUGACCGUGCACAUCCUGGAUGUGAACGACAACAGUCCCGUCCUGGUGGGGGACUACUCCUGGAAGUACCUGUGCACCCCACGCUGGGAGGAUCAGGCCGUGGUGCUGGCGUCCCGGGACAGCGACGGCCCCCAGCACGGCGGAAGGCUCAACUUCUCCCUCCGGAGCGAUCCCAAUGUGCGCCGCAACUGGAAGCUAACGCCCAUCAACGACACCCACACCAACCUUUCCCUGAACACUCCGUACUUGGCCCCUGAGGUCUACACUGUCCCCUUCACCAUCUCAGACAGCAGCUCUCCUCCCAGGAGUACCUUCAUCAACCUGCCAGUGACUGUGUGCCAGUGCAACGUGAGGGGGAACUGCAGGAUGGCAGCCAAGCAGCUUCAGGGGAUGCCCACCGUGCAGUCCACCCUCGGCAUCCUGCUGGGAACCCUGGGGGUCAUAGGGGUUAUUCUGACAGUCGUGUUUGUGAGGCUGUCUUACCAAAAUCCCAAACCGAAAAGUAAGAACAACCAGGAGAGGGUACCUUUGAAAGCUGCGGUGUAA